ACACGGAAGCUCAGUGGCCCCCACGCCAGGAUGUCCGACGCCUGGGUCCUCGGCCUCUUACCCACCUUGCUGCUCGGCCUGCUGGCCGGCCUCCAACAGGCUGCAGCCAGAUGUGGUCCCUUCUUCGCCUGCCCUGAAGGAUUCAGAUGCUGCGGUGACGACUGCUGCCCGGGGCCCGAGCUCUUCUCUGGCCCUUUGAGGAUCUUUGUCAUCAUCUUCCUGAUCAUCGUGCCCAUCCUGUGCAUCUGUGGCCUGGCUAGGCGCUUCUGUCGCAACUGCGAAGAGCAGGAACCGGACCCCCCAGUGGAUCACGUGGGGCCGCCGGAACAGCCCACCACUGCCCCCACAGAGAGGGUCAGGGCGCCCCCCUCUGAGUCCCCACCGCCCUACAGUGAGAUUAUUCUGAAGCCAGUCCUGGGUCUGCCUCCCAUGGAUCCGCCUCCUCCCUACAGCUUUACACCUGAAGAACAUUCUGGGGUCCCCAGGGGCAUUGACAACCCAGCCUUCUGAACCACCUCCUGCCUGGAAUCCUGCCUCAGCCACCGCCUUCCCAUCACCUCCUGGGUUGAGCCAGAGACGCCGGGGACCCCGGAAACGCCCUCGCCCAUCCUGCUGCAUGUCUGGCCUUUGUUGGAUUUAACUUAUUGCUUUUCCUGCCCCUGUUCCACCCCGUCUGUCUGUUCCAGAGGCUGCCAAGAGGAAAAUGUCAGCAGUUGGAGGUGACUGACUGUAGAAUGGGCUACUCUGAGGAGGGGAGGGAGCCCCGUUUCUUGCCUGGACAGCCAGCUCUGAGGUGUGAAGGGCACUGCCGUAUGUGGGAGACCAGAAUGCAUGAGCUCUGAGGCACCUCCAGUUCUAUCCGAACAGAAAAGACCCCAUUCUACCCCACCCUGCCCCCCAACACAUACUCACUAAAUUACCUGAUUGCU